AUAUCCAGGUUCCGCCAGGUGGUGACCGAGAACGUGCAGGAGGUGUCUGCCCUUUUCCGCACAGUCGUCCUCGAGGCCUUGGACCGCAUGAGGGAGGAGCAGGAGGCGCAGCGGCUCUCGCGCCAGUGGAACAACAAACGGGCCAUGAGCAUGUCUCUCAUGAACUUCAAGUCACGCGUCAAGAUCAACCCUUUUGGCAGCACCUUGGGCCUGACCUCGACUGGAGGGGGAGGGGAGGGUGUGUGCGAGCUGAAGACGGUGUCAGAAGACGUGGAGAAGGCACUGGAGGAAAGGGCUGACAGGUCCCAGAGGGUGUGGAGCAUGCCCAACUUCAGACACAAAGGGCUGUACGCUACCAAGGCCGUCUGAGCUGGGGAUCCACAGGACAGUGUUGUGGUUCAGUGGAGGAUAGAACGACGCUAGUGAGAGGUAGCCUAUACCAAACCCCUGGAACCUGCCCAGUCUGCUUUGAACAAGAAUGAGGAGAAAUAGGAGACAUGUCUCUCCCAUCCUCUCCUUCAGCAGUGUGGGGUCAUCCACUAUUGAAAGCUUUUGACUUAUGAAUUUGAUAUGGGGAGCUAUGCUAAGGAUAUUUCACAAUGUUUUGACAUUUUCAGACACAUUCUUUGCUGUACCUUUAUUGUAAAUUAUAGUUUCUAA